AUGGCCAGCAGCCUCUUGAAACUGGGCUUCGACGUCGAAAGGACGUUGGGAGAAGGUGGCUUCGGCUGCGUGGUGCUGGUCAGCAAUCCCCUGCGGGCCAUCAAGGUGAUCGAGCGUGGGGACGCGCAAGCCGAAGUCAGCUUCAUGAAGAAACUGCAGCACCGGAACAUUGUCCAGUUCUACGACUCCUUUUGUCUGGAGGCAACCACCGCCAUCGUCAUGGAGUACGCUGCGAACGGCAAUGUGAUGAUGGAGCUGGAGCGAAGCACCAAGGCCGGCCUGUGGUUGGAGGAGGCGGCAGUUCUCCGCUGGAUUUCGGAGGAAGUGACUGCCGUUGGAUACAUGCAUGGCCUCGGUAUCUUGCACCGUGACAUCAAGAACGAGAACUUCUUGAUUGCUGGUGAUGGCCGUCUGCUGCUUACAGACUUCGGCGCGUCCAUCCAGCUGGGAACCGCGCAGGAGGUCAUCGAGGGUGCCCACAUUGGCACGCUGCUGUACAUGGCGCCAGAGAUUUGCGGCAAAAAGGUCGCGAAGUACUCCAUUGCCAGCGACAUGUGGGCACUGGGAUGCUCCUUCUUCGAAAUGAUGAGUGGGGGCAGCCCGCCGUACCUGACAGCGGACGAGUCGAAGCUGCGCGUCGUGAUCUGCACCGAGAAACUGGUUGACGCAGACGGGCCCUUCGCUCCGGAGAUGAAGGACUUGUGCCGCGAUAUGCUUUCAAGAAAGCCGGCAAAGAGACCCCACACCGAGGCGGUGUUGCACAGCCUCCCACGCUCCGCCCCCGACUGGUCCAGCUUCUUUCCACAAGUGGAGGUCAAGCAGCAUGACUGGGGGUGGUUCUUCCCAACCGUGGAGGAAGAGGCGAUCCAGAAAUCCAGUUGUGGCUUCGGCAAUAUUACGGAACAUGUCCGGAAAGCGAUGAUCAGCUGGAUCGGCGAUGUCGCGAGCAAGACUCUUCCAAGUGGGUAG